CGGGCGGCGCCAGUGAUGCAUCGUCAAAGAACUUGAGCCGGACCGGUUCUGUGGACCCUGGAAGUGGGAGCGGCCUCCUGCUAGUUACCUGCCCCGCCUGUCUGCUGCGUUUGCCCGCAGAGUCUCGACAACCUCUCCUCGGCUUCAGCCUUGUCUGCUGUGGAUCUGCUCAAGUCCCCAUUAGCAAUUCACCUCCUUCCAAAAUGAGUUUCUUGGCCAAAAAAUUGAUUGGAGGACUCAUCGACAUGCAACAUCGAUCCAAGUAUGUUCAUCCCCUGUGAUCCUCCUCCCCCGCGCCGGCCGAUCAACUUCGCCGAAGCACACGAGAGCGAUGAGGAGAAGCAGUUCCGGAGGGUUUUCCAACAGCUGGCGGGAGACGACAUGGAGGUGAGCCCGUGUGAGCUGAGGAAUAUCCUCAACAAAGUCGUCAUGAAGCACUCAAGCUUGAAAACUGACGGCUUCUCCAUCGAGUCCUGCAGGAGCAUGGUUGCUGUCAUGGACUCCGACAGCACGGGGAAGUUGGGCUUCCACGAGUUCAAGUAUCUGUGGAACAACAUCAAGAAGUGGCAGGCCAUCUACCAGCGUCACGACCGGGACGGCUCCGGAGUCAUCAGCUGUCAUGAGCUGCCCGGCACCUUCCAAGAAGCCGGUUUCCCUCUGAAAGAUGAUCUCCUGAAGCUGGUCAUUCGUCGUUACGCCAAUGAACACGGCGACAUGGACUUUGACAAUUUCAUCGGCUGCAUUGUUCGACUGGAUGCCAUGUGUCGAGCCUUCAAGACUCUUGCCAAAGGAGACCAGAAGAUCAGUAUGGACAUCAAAGAGUGGCUGCAGCUGACCAUGUACUCCUGAACCCGUCCCUGACCCGCUUGUCAGCAGGCGGUCGAAGCUUCGUCUUCCCCUCGGCAACCGCUCCAAAGCCUCGACAAGACCAACGUGGGGCCAAAGCGCAGUUUCCCGGCUGCCGCCAGGCGGGGGCGCAAGCACUCCAGUUGUCUGUCUUCAUGUCCAGAUGUUUAUUUGGCUUUAAGUUGGAACGAAUUAAAGCGGCACAAAGG